AUGGUGAUUAAAAGGAGAUUUGUUCUGGCUGCUGGAGUGUGUGUGAAUAUUUGCCUCCUAUAAAUAAGUCUUUCUCUCUGUUUAUUGGGAGAGGUUUGGCUCUCUCAGAUUGAACUGCAGGUUUCUAUGGUGACAGCGUCCUGGCAACAACUCUCAGCAGCUGCUUUUUCCUCCAUCAACCAGGCCUAGUGGCAGCAGGCCCAGCAAGAGAGGGAGAGGACCUGGCUGCCGCCAGCAGCAGGAAAGGACGGAUGGACACCCGAGCCGUCUAGCUGCAGUCUGCAAAUCUGCAUACGGCUACCACAGAAGUAAAACCACGCUAAAAAGCUGAGCGGAGACAUCCAGCAGGGAGGCUGCUAGGAUGCAGGGGAAGGAUAGGCAGCCAUGUCCUCCCCUAAUUCAGCACUGACAUAAAUUAUUGAAUAGGAAAUGGCACAGCGAAGCCCCAUCUUUCCAACACUUGGUCCUACUGAAAGACGGAUUCGAAAUAUACCACUCCAUAGCCAGGCUUUGACAGCAGUUCCAUUAGCAUCUGCGAGUCUAGUGGAUCAGCUAGAAGACCGAAUUCUAAGCCAUGAGAAAACAACCGCGGCCCUUGUGGAACACGCGUUUCGCAUUAAGGAGGACAUUGUUUCCACUCUGCAUAGAAUGCAGAACAAAGGGGGAGGAGAUCGGUUGGCUAGGCAACUCUUAGAAGAACACAUCCGAAACAUAACUGCAAUAGUGAGGCAGCUUAAUCGGGACAUUGAGACACUUCAGGAACAAAUACGUGUCAGAGAUAACCUCAGCUAUGGAACCAAUUCUACCCUGAAGAGUUUGGAAAUGCGGCAACUCUCUGGUUUGGGAGACCUUCGGGGGAGGGUUGCAAGGUGUGAUGCUGGUUUGGCCCGACUUUCUGCAGAGCAUAAGAUUACAUAUGAAAGACUUCAGAGCUUGAGCAAAGACCAACAAGCUUCUAAAAUGAUCUUAGAAUCAAAAAUCAAAGAGGCAGAAAUACAGAUUUCUCACCUUCUGAGUCGAGUAGAGCAGUCCAUAAUGCAGCAAGAUGCAAAGCUUAAGUUUGCAUACAAAGAAAGCAACCAACAGCUCCACCUUCUGGACACAAAAUUAAAAAAUGCAGUUGAGGAAUUGAGCACCCAGAUUUUGUCCGCACGUACCUGGCUGGAACAGGAACAUCAGCGAAUUGAAAAAGAUCUUUUACAGAAAAUUGAACAGCUGUCAUUGACCAUUAAGGAAAACACUGAAAUGAGUGAAAAUGCCAUUGAGAUGAAAUUCAGCCAGCUCUCAGUGAAACUUGAUAAAAUAGAAGAAAUCCAAAAAAUAACUAUGGAAGCACAUGGAACAAAACAAACUGAAGAUAAAAUAAAUGUUCGAAUCAGCAAGCUUCAAAAUGAAAUUAAUGAAGAUAUAAAAGAAAUGAAAGCUGAAGUUAAUGCCGGCUUUGCAGCUAUCUACGAGAGCAUUGGGUCCCUGCGGCAGGUUUUAGAAGGUAAAAUGAAACUUGACAAGGAUGAACUACAGAAACAGAUUCACCAAAUGAAGCAGGAAAUACCAACGUGGGGAGAAUCAGGUCCAUGACUGAUUACAAACUUUUGUCUGAACAAAGGGCAUGUACAUGUCUAAAUAGACAGGCUGUAAUCCCAAUUCAAACUGUAAUCUAAAUUAAAUGCAUGUACCAAAUGACAUGAGCUUCUGUUCCACAGGUCUGUAUCUUUACUGUAAGUGGCAUACGCAAACUUUUGAUAGCUAAAUUGAUAAAUACUUCUUAUUUACUAAAGCCAUGGAUAGCCGUUGCAUCACUCCAGUUGUUUUCAGUGGAGUUGGUGGUGUAAAAUGAGAGAAACACAUUGCUGGAGGUGGUGCCAAAUUUGUUAAAGGAGCUUCAGUGCUGCCCCUGUUUUCAUGGGCAGGUUUAGGGAGUUACCUUCUGAAAUGUUGGCACUUUCUCGUAUUGUUAAUUCAAAGUUCUUUUUAAAAUACCCAAUGUAAGAAAAAAGAAAUCCCCAAAGAUUAAUAUCACUUGGUAGUUCAACAUCCAGCUAGAUUUUGCUACAUUUGAAGUCAAUGGACAGUCUCUCUUUGGUUUCAUUUGGAACAGAACUGGCUCCUAAUUAACCAUUU